GAUUUGCGUUUGAUGAAGAAAAGAAAAAGUGGUUUAAAAUCGGCGUUUUAAAAGAAGACCCGAGGCUGAGCUUUUUGACGACCACCACGAAGGAUAUAUCAACAGCGUCGUCGAUUUUGUUUGGUUUCCCGGUGAGGCGAUGGCGACGAACAGCAGAGAAGCAAGGAGGCGUAAGAUCUUAGAAAGAGGAUCUGAUCGUUUAGCUUUUAUCACUGGUCAAAUCAACGGCGUUCCUCCUCCACCAUCUCCUUCCGAUUCUACUUCUUCCCUUUCCCACUCUCUUCUCCAAUCCUCACCGGACACGAUUCCCCCGCCUCAUCAGAUUCCUCAAGAAGAAAUCGCUUUCACAAGUCCACAAGAAAACAUCUCCAACGCUGCGGUGGUUGAUAAUGCAGAUCAUAUCAUCCAUCGAAGCAGAGCAGAAUCGGUUCAACCUCACAGGUAUGCUGAAACAUUGGCAGAUUCAGAUCCUAGAGACGCAACAAUACAACCAACUCCUACAACUUCAAGUGCUCAAAUUCCAUCAGUGGUAGAUUUAGGUGCUUCUCAAGCAUUUAUUCCUCUGGCUAGUUCACUGAGCACCAUCAAACCAAAGCACAUUGGAGCGGCCAUUGAUGCUUCAGAAUACCUACGGAUGUUUUCAGCUCUUGGGAUUGCACUUGUUGUCAUACUAUCUCGUCUCGGGUUCUCUUCCUUAGUCAACAUAGUAAGCUUCAGGCCUGUUUUCUUGCUCAUAUUGACCGAUGCCACAAUUGUGCUUGGACGUGUUCUGCUGAGUCAUCGUGGAGAUCCGCCCUCAGCCUCUGCCUCGGAGACAGUAAUGAACGGGCAGGGUAUAGCAGAACAAGUCAGCAAUGCUUUGGAGACGGCGAUGAUGGUGAAGAAGAUAAUGGACGCACUCCUUAUGGAUUUUAGCUUGUACGCUGUGAUUCUCAUAUGUGGCCUCUUGGUUACCCAAAGCAUCUUUCCUUAGGUCAUUUAUCAAGUAGGUUUGUUUGUGCUCGGUAGUUUUGUGUUUGUUUGCUUCUGGUUUUAAAAUUAUAGUUAGUUCCAAAACAUUUCUACUUACAUUAGUUUACAUGUCUCAAAUAUCGUUUUUUAUUUUAUUUUGAGUUAACCAAGAGUUACCCUUUUGGUUGAUGCUAAGUAAGUUGAGUUCACUUGCGCGA